AUGGCUUCGCAACAGGGAAACUUUGUUCCGGAGGCCGUUGGCCCCAAGGUACGCAAACACGCCAUGUCAAGGAAUGGUUGCAUCCUCUUCUUCGAGGACACGGAUUCCGUCAUUGCGUGCAGCAAGACCAUUAUGCCGUCAAGCCGUGUCGGGGCGCGCAUUACGUGCAAAACAGGAGGGUACAUGGAACCUUACAUUGGCUUCACGCUCGACCUCCCGUUCCCCUCCGACCAGUCUGCGAACGAGGACUCGGGUCAUGGAGUAAGCUUUAGCUUCCAUCAGUCGCGCACAGUGCAGCCGAAUGAGCAUGUACUGACGGUCAAAUUUCCGCGCGAAACACUGUAUACGUACGAGGUGGCUAGCCAGGAUUUCAUCAACAGAUUCUGGGCCGAAACAACUCCACCAGUCGAGGGCGACGUGGCAAUCCUGCGCGCCCAACUUCCAGCAGGAGAAACGGCCCGAGUCAUGGGCUAUGGCGUUCCCUUUGCCAACCCAGACAACCGCCUGGCCGAAGCUUGGUACAGCCGUGGCCAGCCCGACCCCGACGCCCACCUCUUGCUGGACUUUUUGGAGCAAAAAAUGUUCAAGUUUGCCAUAGGAUCCCAACAAGUAAAGGUGCAAGAGAGGUUCGGCCCGGAUAACCUGCACGAGACCGCGUACAAUCCGUACUUGCGGGAUCUCGUCACCGACAUGGACGAGUUCAGAGCCAUGGCGAAGGCCCAUAGAGGUCCAGCCAUGGCACCAAUUUUCUGGCAUGACGAGUACCGCACGCAUCUGUGUGCAGCUCAGCAGGGCACCGUGCAGGACGUCUUGUGGCUCGAGGAUGCAGCAAAACAGCUGUACAAACAAAGAAGCGAUGUCAGAUUCGCCAAUCCUGGCCAAGGGCGCAUAUAUGCCAUAUCGUUCAAAAUAGCCAUUUUUGAAUCCCCAGAGGAUGAAAACCCCGCGCAUGUCUUAAACUGCCGAGUUGUUACAAGAGCUUUUGUCUUUGACGUCGGGAUCCGGGAGGUUACCAGACAGGCUCUCACUGUCAACAUCUUCCAUCCCGACGCCAGACCGACAAAUGAUUAUGCCAGUACAGCCUCUGCCGAGACAACAGAGACCGAAGUCAACUCAUGGAUGCUGCUGCACAGAUGCCUCGUGCAGGGUGCUGGCUUCUUUGAGUGGACAAAAGUGACGCGCCAAGUGAGCAUGCCAACGGUCAACUUGCUGGAUUUCGGCGACAGCUUUUUGGCAGAUGCCAUUGUCCAGGAGGCACUGCCGCUUGACCAAGCUCGCUUCCGCGGCUACUUGAGCAACCGGCCCCUUGGAUGUGGCCUCCUCAUUGCUGCUCCUGGUACCGGGAAAACCACUGCCUCCGCCGCUGCAGUCCUGGCUAUGAAUGUCAAGUUCGGGCAGAUUCUGUGCUCUGGCCCGACUAAUCGACCAUCGACAAUUACGCACAGAAAAUCGACGAGGUAG